CUUGACAAUAUGGAUAGACCGAUAGGCCAUUACCGAAAACGAGUGGCUGAUCUCUUUCUACUCCUCACUCCAACCUGUGAGAGAGACAAACAAACAAACCGACUUCAAAAUCCAAAGAAGCAUCACGUCCCCGCUGACUACUAUCCUCUCUAACACUUCCACCCAUGGCCAACAACACACUCACACUCUCUAGCUCCACUCUCUUCCACCUCACUAGAAAACCCAUUUCAUUCACUUCAACACUCACCCUAAGAAUCAAAGCGAGGGCCUCCACAGCCAUUGCCAUGGCUUCUACCACCAAAACCAAGGUGGUACCUGCAGUGAUAGUCGGUGGUGGAAGGGUUGGCAGAGCCUUAGAGGACAUGGGCAAUGGUGAUGACUUGCUGGUGAAAAGAGGAGACCCUGUGCCUCUUGAUUUCAAAGGUCCAAUCUUGGUUUGCACUAGGAAUGAUGAUCUUGAGGCUGUUCUUGAGGCCACUCCAAGGCCUAGAUGGAACGAUUUGGUUUUUUUCCAGAACGGAAUGCUGGAACCAUGGUUUGAAAGUAAAGGUCUUGGUGAUGCGGAUCAAGUGCUAGCAUAUUUUGCUGUCUCCAAGCUUGGAGAACCUCCUGUUGAUGGAAAGACUGAUACCAAUCCUGAAGGACUGACAGCAUCAUAUGGGAAGUGGGCAUCUGUAGUAGCUGAAAGAUUACAGGCUGGAGGCCUUACUUGCAAGGUUCUCAACAAGGAAGCAUUUCAGAAGCAGAUGUUAGAGAAGUUGAUCUGGAUUUCAGCAUUCAUGCUUGUUGGAGCUCGUCAUCCAGGAACAACUGUAGGUGGUGUAGAGAAAGAAUACCGCUCUGAGGUGUCUAGCCUCAUCGCAGAGCUUGCCUCUGCAGCAGCAGCAGAGAAAGGGUUGGUAUUUGAAGAAGCCAUGGAGGAUCGAUUAUGUGCAUACUCACGCUCUGUUUCUCACUUUCCAACUGCAGUUAAAGAGUUUAAAUGGAGAAAUGGUUGGUUUUACUCUCUAUCUGAGAAGGCAAUUGCGGCAGGAAAGCCUGAUCCCUGUCCCCUACAUACAGCAUGGCUCAAAGAGUUAAAGGUUGUCUAGAAAAACAGACUUCAGCUUAUUGAUCGUUUGGAUCUCCAACGAAUAUCAACAAUUAGCUAAUGCAACUAGGGAAGAUAUCUGUCUGUUUCUGUUCCAUUGUUGAGCUACUUGCAGAACUACAAAUUGAAUUGUUUUAAGAUCUGUGUUGUGCAUUCUUUAAACUGGUUGCCUCUUACUUCACAAAGAAACA